CCUUCUCCUCUCUCUACUGCUUCUAGUGCUACUCCUCCUCUUUCACUGGGAGGUAGUGUGUCGUUGUCUAGUGGUUUUACCAGUACCAUCGGGGCUCCGUUGUUUAUGCAAAGUCAGCAACCAGUUUCGGGUCCUAGUACUACAUUUACGCUCCCUAAAUCUGAUUUCAAUAAGGGGGCCCUCUUGGGGUUGAAAUUUGAAACCCCGCCCCCUCCAGUCCUCACCACUGCAUCAAGCGAAGGAUCAACUCAAUCUCAACCUAUAUCAGUUACUCCUUCUUCUGGUUUUUCUACUUUACCUACUACUUCUGUUGGGGCUUCACUGUUUCAGUCUUUUCUGACUCCGCCUGCUUCCGCUCCUGCCUCCACAGCAACCGUGUUUGGUAAGCCCCCUGGAGGAGGGGAUGGACAGAAGCUGCUGUUCGGAGUACCCAGUCAAGGUUCUGCUCCAGUGUCUAAAGCUCCAGCUCCUCCAUCUUUAUUCCCACCAAUUAUUGGAACAGGAAUGGGUUCUGGAGGAAUGGGAAAUACAGGAAUGAAAACUGGAGGAAUGGAAAUGAGUGGUGCAGGAAUGAACUCUGGAGGAAUCAGGAUGAGUUCUGGAGGAACAGGAAUGAGUUCUGGAGGAACAGGAAUGAGUUCUGGAGGAACGGGAAUGAGUUUGGGAGGAAUGGGAAUGAGUGGUGCAGGAAUGAACUCUGGAGGAAUGGGAAUGAGUUCAGGAGGAAUCGGAAUGAGUGGUACAGGAAUAACCUCUGGAGUAACGAACACUGGGGGAAUUGGAAUGAGUUCUGGAGGAAUGGGAAUGAGUUCAGGAGGAACAGGAAUGGGAAUGAGUUCUGGAGGAAUGGGAAUGAGUUCCAGAGGAAUGGGAACGAGUUCUGGAGGAAUGGGAAUGAAUUCUGGGGGAAUGAGUACUAACUUAUUUGGAAAUCCUACUCCUGGGGGUCAAACCAGUACCACUUCUGGUUUCAAUUUUAGCAUGAAACCUAAUCUAAACUUUGGAAACUCAUCACCCUCCCCUUCAACUUUUCAGUUUGGAUCCAACCAGCAACAGCAUCCGUUACAACAAGGACAGAAUGUAUUCCAGCAACAGCAGCAGCCAUUGCAACAGGGAUUACAGCAAGGACAGAAUGUGUUACAGCAACAAGGUGGUACCAUGCCCUUUGGAAUGGGUUCUCAGGGUAUUGGAAUGGGAGGGGGAGGGUUUUCCGUCGGUAGUGAUUCGGCCAGAGGUAAACGACCAAUUAAAAAAGCUGUUAGAAGACAUCCUAAACUUACUUAGCUGUCUUUUAUUUCACUCUCUCUCUCUCUUUUAUUAUUAUUAUUAUUAUUAUUAUUAUUAUUAUUAUUAUUAUUAUUGUAAAAAAGUUGAUGACUGAUUGGUUUUGUGAUUUGUUAUGUAUGUGUAUCAAAAACUGCUCAA